UCCACACCCGCCCCUCGCGCUAGCCUUCCCAGGACAGCGCAUUACACUCUCCGUCUCGUUGGCUGACCCCACCCGCACCCAACAUGUUGCGCUCCCAAGCCCGUGCGCCCCGCGCGACCGCCGCCGCCCUCGCGAGGCGCAACUUCAACGCGUCGGCCGCUCGCAGCCAGCAGCACCUCGUCAUCCUCGGCUCGGGAUGGGGCGGCUACGAGCUGCUGCGCGGUAUCGACAAGAAACGUUGGCACAUCACCAUUGUCUCGCCGAACAACUACUUCAACUUCACGCCUCUUCUCGCGAGCUGCUGUGUGGGUACCCUGGAGUUCCGCUCGGCCAUCGAGCCGGUGAGGAGGUACACACCGCAGGUGAACGCAUAUCAAGCGUGGUGCGACUCGAUUGACUUCAAGAACAAGAUCCUCAAAUGUAUGCCCGCUACCCCGCCGCUCCCCUUCCACCCCUCAUCACCCGCCCGGACCGACAGCGCCUCGCCCUCUUCGUCCGCCCAGAACGCAGUCAACGCACAGACCGCGCCGACGCAGGCGAGCAACGAAGGCCUCGCCGAGCGCAACCCCGGCACGACCCAUUUCACGCUCCGGUAUGAUCGGUUGGUCGUCGCUGUGGGGGCGUACAACCAAACGUUCAACGUGCCGGGGGUCAAGGAGAACGCGUACUUUUUGAAAGAUGUAACGGAUGCGAGGGCGAUCAGGGCGAGGAUCAUCGAAUGCUUCGAACAGGCGAAUCAGCCGACGAUCACGGACGAUGACCGGCGGAAACUGCUGCACUUCUGCAUCGUCGGCGGCGGCCCCACCGGCGUCGAGUUCGCGGCCGAACUGCAUGACUUCCUGCACACCGAGGUCAAGCGGCACUUCCCGGCGCUGCACCGGUUCGCACGGAUCAGUCUCUUCGACGUCGCACCCACGAUACUAGGGAGCUUCGACCAAGGGCUGCAAACAUACGCGACGCAGAAGUUCCAGCGGGAGGGUAUCCGGCUGCUCACGCAGCACCAUGUAGAGCGCGUCGAGCCGGGCAAGAUGCAUGUCAAAGAGCAAGGCGACGUGCACUUCGGGCUGCUCGUCUGGAGCACGGGGCUCGCGCCGAACCCGCUGGUGGAGAGCAUCACGGAGGUCGAAAGAGACCCGAAGACGAAGAGCUUGAUCACCGACGAGCACCUCAACGUCGUCAUGCAGGACACAGGCAAGCCGGACCCGAACGUCUGGGCGCUCGGCGAUGCGGCGAUGAUCAGGGGCAUGCCUCUGCCCGCCACCGCCCAAGUGGCCAACCAGAAGGCGAAGUACCUGUGGAAGAAGCUCAAUGCGGUCGUGAAGGAGCGGCCGGCGCAGGAGCCGUUCCGGUUCCAUAACGCGGGCUCGCUCGCGUACAUCGGUGACUGGCAGGCGAUCUACGACCGCACGGGCGCGGAGAAGGCGAAGGGCAAGGAGGCGGGGCGGUUCGCGUGGCUGCUGUGGCGCUCCGCGUACUUCACGAUGACGCUGAGCUGGAAGAACAAGAUUCUCGUGCCGAUGUAUUGGUUCAUGAAUUGGAUCUUCGGCCGGGACAUGAGCCGGUUCUAAUCGGGCAGCGCGGUGGGACGGUGCGGUGUAUGUGGGACGGUGGGACGUAGUAGACACCCACUGGUUUGCGGUCUGAAUGGGGAAGC